AUGACGUUGUCAGUCCCGACGCCGCUUAUCCUGUUUUCAUCUGCGUUUGUCGAGUCAUGGUUGUUGAUGUCCUUCUGUUCACCGAAUUGGCCAAAACAUUCGUGGACUCUGCUUCUCUUUGCCCUCACGGCCGCCAAUUUCACGCUGUGGCUGGUGUACAAAGCCGGAAUAUACCCCUACUGGAUAAGUCCACUUCGGCAUCUUCCAAGGCCCAAGGGCACAAUCCCGUUCAUUGGCCCGGGAUUGACGGUUUUGCAAAAACCUAUGGGCAAGUAUCAUCUCAAACUAAUGAAAGAAGUACCAAAUGAAGGCACCAUUUACUUCAGGGGUAUUUUCAACUUGGAAUUUCUGAUGUUGACCAACGCGAAAACCCUUGCCGAUGUGCUGGUCGGUCAUCCCUACGACUUUCAGAAGCCGGAGAAAGGGCGGACAUAUCUUAAUCGAAUUCUCGGCAUGGGAUUAGUUGUCGCCGAAGGCGACGUACACAGACACCAGCGCAGACACGUUUUGCCCGCCUUCGGCUUCCGCUACAUCAAGCGACUUUACCCGACUUUCUGGAGCAAAGCCGUUGCGCUAACUCGCAGUAUCGUGAAUGAGAUGAAUUCAGAUUGCCUGCUCGCCAAUGUCGAUAAGCCGGGGACGGCCACAGUGGAUCUCAAUCAAUGGGCCAUGAAAGUGACCCUGGAUGCGAUCGGGAUUGCUGGACUCGGUCGAGACUUUGACAGUCUCCGAAACUCUCAUGAUGAGCUCGCAAGGAGCUAUGACGAAAUUUUAAAUCCCACUUUGGAGGCCAAGGUUCUCUUCACCCUGAAUAUGAUUGGAGGUCCUUGGGCUUCGAAAUUGCUUUUGAGUGCUGACCGGCGCCUGACGAACGCGACCACUCGAUUGAGACACUUGUGCCGAAAUUUCCUGCACGAGAAGAGAGAGUCGAUGAAGCAAGAUGAAGCAUCCAUCGAUCUACUUUCGCAUCUCAUAAGAUCCAAUGAUUUUUCGGAUGAUGAACUGGUGGAUCAAUUAUUGACCUUUCUAGCUGCUGGUCACGAGACCACCUCUGCAACGUUUAGUUGGAUAGCCUAUCUACUGGCCACCAAUCCUUCGAUUCAAUCUCGCCUCCGGAAUGAGAUCCGCUCUCAUAUUCCCACCGACUUCGUUCAUAAACCUCACUUCGAUCUGGCCACCACUCUCGAAGCUCUUCCUCUUCUGAAUGGGGUGUGCAAUGAGACUCUUCGCCUGUAUCCAACCGUACCUCUGACUGCGCGGACUGCCACGAGAGAUACCACCAUUGUGGAUCAACCCAUUGCCAAAGGUCAGACGGUCCUCAUUGUCCCUUGGGCGAUCAACCGGAGCCCGGAUCACUGGGGUCCGACGGCGGAGGAGUUCAGGCCUGAUCGCUGGAUUGACGCCGAUACGGGGAAAACCAACAAUACGGGGGGAGCGACAACUAAUUACUCCAUCAUGACUUUCUUGCAUGGACCGCGUAGUUGUAUUGGACAAGGGUUUGCGAAGGCCGAGCUGAGGACUUUGACUGCCGUUUUGGUAAGUGCUUUCGAGAUGGAAAUGGCGAGACCAAAUGAAAGACCUGUUCCAGCAGGUGUCAUCACCACGAAACCGGCCGGGGGGAUGCAUCUGAGACUGAAGUCCGUCGGACACUGGUGA